UCCACCCUCACGGAGUUCCUGAUGUUGUACACAUCACACAACACACAGAAGCCAUAACAUAUUCGAACGGUUCAUUAAUAUAAACAUGUUGUUAGAAAAAAAACAUUAACACCUUAUGCCCAAUCAGAAUCCAGAACUCAACAGCACUCUGGUAUAUACACAUAUAGUGCCCUCUCUCUCACACACCAGACCCUGCAUCACACUCCCACAUGGCCCCGGUCCUAAUAAACGCAUGCACAAUAACAGAGGAAUGUUCUUCAGGAAGCGAAAGGCGUGUUUUCCACAGCGGUCCGGCUGCUAAUGCGUGAUAGAAAGCAAUAUGGAACAUUAGACACGUCGUUAGAAGCAUCCUGUACUACUCGACCACAAUGUCUGAAUCGAGUCCAAAACAUGACAACACUUCCCCUGCUUCACAGCCACACACACACACACACACACAUGCAAUAACACACACACUAACAGACUUACAUACUGUACGCAAGCAACGUUUACAAUAUUUGCUAUACUUAUGAUGAAAAAAAUAAUUUUAAAGGGACGACACUAUUAAUUGACUAAAUAAUAUGGCAUGUGGACAUGUAAAAUACAUUCCUGAACAAAAUCUUAAGACAGGGAAAAUAUUACGACUAUUCACACUUCACACCGGUGGAUCGUAACCAGGUUGUAAAUACUUCUUCAAAAUGGCAAAAGAAGAAACGAGAGCAAGAGACAAAAAAUAGAGUAGGCAAUUGAUUGAAAACUUAUUGCAAAGACCAUAAAGCCUUUAAAAGUUAAAAUCUAUAUCUUUUGGCUUUAAUGUCAUUGUCCUUCAGACAGUCACACUGUCAUGAUCUCACGGUGGCAAGAGCAAAAAGGCUUGCGCUGAGCCGGAGGAUCCGACGGGCUGCCCGUGAAGACGCGAGCCGGUCCUCGACCCAAAUUAAGGCUAUUAUUACUGAUGCUGACUGCAGCCCAAUAACCAUAAGAUGGCAUCUGCGAGAGAAGGGCUUAAAGAACAAAAAAAUGUCUUUCAAAAGCCACUGGAAUUUGCAAGGGAGCACCGAACGUUGGACACUGAACCAUGGAGGUCUCGGACGAGAAAAAAUGUAACCUGGACGGUCCUGAUGGCUUCCAACGAUACUGGCAUGACAAGGAGAUCCUACUGGAGAUGUUUUCUACGGGAUGCACUUAUCUCCAGGGAUUUCAGAGCAGCGUAACAGAUAUUACAUCAUCGGGUAUUUUUUUAAAGAGGGCAUUUUCCAAGACCUCCAGAAACCACGUCCACUUUACGCCGUGGUAACGAAACCCCUGAAAUUUAGUGAAUGCCGUUUUCUAUCCGGCACAGUUGAGGACUCUCCAUCAUGAUCUGGGUUGCUAACGUUGCUCCUCUGGACCAUCCUGCCGGUUCACUUGAUCUAAAUCCCCUUGAGAAUGUUUGGGGGAUGGAUGGCAAGCGACGUUUACAAAAACGGCCGUCAGUUCCAGACCAUGGAUGUGCUUCGUGAAGCCAUCUUCACCACAUGGAGCAACGUUCCCACCAGCCUCCUGGAAACAGUUCAAGCAUCAAGCUGAAGCGAGGCUUUGAAGUUAUCAACAAGAACGGUGGGACUACAAGAACGGUGGGGCUACAAAAACGGUGGGGCUACAAGAACGGUGGGGCUACAAGAACGGUGGGGCUACAAGAACGGUGGGGCUACAAGAACGAUGGGUCUACAAAAACAGUGGGGCUACAAGAACGAUUGGGCUACAAGAACGAUGGGGCUACAAGAACGGUGGGGCUACAAGAACGUUGGGGCUACAAGAACGGUGGGGCUACAAGAACGGAGGGGCUACAAGAACGGUGGGGCUACAAGAACGAUGGGGCUACAAGAACGGUGGGGCUACAAGAACGGAGGGGCUACAAGAACGGUGGGGCUACAAGAACGGUGGGGCUACAAGAACGGAGGGGCUACAAGAACGGUGGGGCUACAAGAACGGUGGGGCUACAAGAACGGUGGGGCUACAAGAACGGAGGGGCUACAAGAACGGUGGGGCUACAAGAACGGUGGGGCUACAAGAACGGUGGGGCUGCAAGAACGAUGGGGCUACAAGAACGGUGGGGCUACAAGAACGAUGGGGCUACAAGAACGGUGGGGCUACAAGAACGGUGGGGUUUCUUACUACAGAGUCCUUUUUUACACCUUUAGUUCUGUCAUGGAUAUUUUCAG